AUGCCAUCUCAUUUCGAUACCCUUCAAUUACACGCUGGUCAACCAAUUGAAGACCCUCACAGAGCCAGAGCUCCACCAAUCUAUGCCACCACUUCAUAUGUUUUCAAUGAUUCCAAACACGGAGCCCAAUUAUUCGGAUUAGAAACUCCAGGAUAUAUUUAUUCCAGAAUCAUGAACCCAACCAAUGAUGUCUUUGAACAAAGAAUUGCUGCUUUAGAAGGUGGUAUUGGUGCUUUAGCUACUGCUUCUGGUCAAUCAGCUCAAUUUUUGGCUAUUGCUGGUUUAGCUCAUGCUGGUGAUAAUAUUGUUUCUACUUCUUAUUUAUAUGGUGGUACUUAUAAUCAAUUUAAAGUUGCUUUUAAAAGAUUAGGAAUUCAAACUAAAUUUGUUAAUGGUGAUGAUCCAAAAGAUUUUGCUAAAUUAAUUGAUGAAAAAACUAAAGCUAUUUAUAUUGAAUCUAUUGGGAAUCCAAAAUAUAAUGUUCCUGAUUUUGAAGCUAUUGCUAAAGUUGCUCAUGAUAAUGGUAUUCCAUUAGUUUGUGACAAUACUUUUGGUGCUGGUGGGUUUUUAGUUAAUCCAAUCAAACAUGGAGCUGAUAUUGUUGUUCAUUCUGCUACUAAAUGGAUUGGUGGUCAUGGUACUACUAUUGCUGGUGUUAUUGUUGAUUCUGGUAAUUUCCCUUGGACUGAAUAUCCAGAAAAAUUCCCACAAUUCUCAAAACCUUCAGAAGGUUAUCAUGGUUUAGUUUUAAAUGAUGCUUUAGGUAAGGCUGCAUUUAUUGGACAUGUUAGAAUUGAAUUAUUAAGAGAUUUAGGUCCAGCUUUAAAUCCAUUUGGAGCUUUCUUAUUAUUACAAGGUUUGGAAACUUUAUCUUUAAGAGUUGAAAGACAAUCUUAUAAUGCUUUAACUUUAGCUCAAUGGUUAGAAAAGAAUCCAUAUGUUGAAUCUGUAUCUUAUUUAGGUUUACCAUCUCAUGAAUCUUAUGAAUUAUCAAAGAAAUAUUUAAAUAAUGAUGCUAAAUAUGCUGGUGGUGCUUUAGCUUUCACCGUUAAAGAUAUUCCAAAUCAUGAACCAAAGGAUCAUUUCGAUGAAGCUUCUCCAAAAUUAGUUGAUAAUUUAGAAAUCCCAUCUAAUUUAGCUAAUGUUGGUGACUCUAAAUCUUUAGUUAUUGCUCCAUGGUUUACUACCCAUCAACAAUUAUCCGAUGAAGAAAAAUUAUCUUCUGGUGUUACUAAGGGUUUAAUUAGAGUUUCUAUUGGUACUGAAUAUAUUGAAGAUCUUAUUAAUGAUUUCGAUCAAGCUUUCAAGAAGGUUUAUGAAUCUAAGUAA